GAUGAAAACAGAACUUCACAUUCUUAGGUUUUAUCCGCUUUAUACAUACCUAUUUUGUCGUCGGGAGUCUCUCAUGAGAAUGAUUGAUCAUUUCCCUAUCACUUGAACAGAUUACUCUCCUCCUAUUCUUUACCACAGUUCACAAAUUACAUCCCGGUGACCGUGCAAGCUAUGACAGCAUUCACAUUUGUUCGGAUACAUCGGAUGGAAAGACAACAAACAGAGGGGCAGCAUCCGCAACUAUUGGGCAGAAGACAAACAUUGAUACUCGCCUUGUAAAAUGAGUGAAAGUUAUAGACCAGACAAUGACGCUUUUCCGGAGUCACCUUAUGAUAUAGCAUUUCUGUCACAGAGAGAUCUGGGCUUAAACAUACCAAUCAAUUAUGCUACGGCUCCUGGUGUUUCUUUGACGGCCGCAUGUUUCUCAUCUCUCAAGUAUGAGGAUGAUGAUGCGACUACUUGCAUUUCCAAUUUAUUGGCCAAUGGAUUCCGGAGACUGGAAGUAGAUUUAUAUUGGGAUGAAGCAAGGCAAUUAUGGAGUUUUUGCCCUGCUGCUGUGCCAAUUUCGAGCUCGGAUGUUGCCUCUACACCAACUCCAACAUCGACGCUUUCAUCCACCACAGCCAGUUUAACUUUAGCCCAGCAAACUUCGGAUUUGAUUCCUAGGCAAAAUGCAGCCACGAGCCCUAUCAUUCCUUCACCAAGUACAUUAGAUGCAGAUGUUACAUUUAAUUCAAGACCUACUUCCCAUAGUUCGUCUACAGUGAACGUAAUAGCAAGCUCUCUCGAAUCAACCCUUCCUGUAGCCUCUGCAAUCCCAAAGCUUUCGAACAAAUCGCUGUAUGAUAUUGGAAGCUACACUUGUACUAACACUAUCAACCUUGAUAUGCUAACAAGCCUUCUUUUGGAUUGCAUACAAGAAACACAAAAUAACAUUGAUGCAUAUAUGUUGACAUUGACUCUCAAUAUCCACGAAGCAAAAUCUGGUUUCGGCAUUGAUGACCCUGCUCCUCAGCCAACCGACCUUCCAGAUCCUUCAGAAUCUCUAAAAUUCCUUUUUGCGUCAAAUUUAUCAGCAUACAUAUAUACACCAAAUGAUUUAAGGACUGAUCGAGCAAAUUUAAACACAUCUUGGUAUCAAGUUGCAGCAAGAUAUCGACCUGAUUUAGAUUAUUAUACUACCGCCACGGGAGAAUUUGGUAUUAUAUCCACUGAAGAUGGUUGGCCAUCAGAAUCUUACAUUGAGUUCUCUCAAGGCAAACGAAUGCUUUUACAAUUUGGCUCUGUGGACCCUCAAAUGGAGAAUUACAAUUUCAGUGGAGAUGCAGGGACGAUCUUUCCUCCAGGCUAUCUUAGCAACCGCCGCGACGACGACACAUUAGCCAGUGCUGAUGGAGUAAUAGAAAGCGGUUGCUUCCUUGUGAAUGCCACCGAAGACGUUUCUCAAGUAAACUCAUCCUGGGCAACAGCAGCAAACAUACCCGGAUUCGAUUAUCCCACCGACUCGAAUUCCAGCCUCACUUCCCUCCUCAACCUAACAUCCUCUCUCACAAACUGUGGUAUAUCCCCAACCCUCAACACAACCCUCCUCAACACCAGCGCCAACACCAACAACUUCCCCUACCAACACUACACCUACUCCACCAUCUGGUCCUGGGCUCCCCACGAACCCCGCUCCUCCAACAGCAGCAACGACAACGACGACUCCCUCUUCCGCUGCGCCACUCUCCACCCCACCACCACCCACUGGCACGUCACCGACUGCUCCACCAAACUCUACGCCGCCUGUCGCGCCCCCUCGCAACCCUACAACUGGACCCUCACCACCUACCCCAUCUCCUACUCCUACGCCUCACAAGCCUGUCCCACCCCCUACAUCUUCUCCGCGCCACGCACCGCCCUCGAAAACGCCUACCUCUCCCAAACCGCCACAAACCUCUCUCCCGCCCGCGACUUCGACUCCGACGAUCCGAAAAUCUGGCUCGAUUUCAACUCGCUCGAUACCAAAAAUUGCUGGACCACCGGCGGUCCCAAUAUCACGUGUCCGUAUAGCAAUGAAGAUAGCGACGAUUAUGCGAGAGAGAAAGUCGUGGUUGUGCCGUUGGUAGCCACGGUUAUUGUUUUGAUCAUUUUUUUCCUCGUGCUCUGCGUGAAUUGCGGAAAGGGGUUUUUGGGGAGGAAGGGCGAGGGGAAGAGGAGAAGGAGGGUUAGAGAGGGCGCGGUGUAUGAGGGAGUGCCGGCUUGAUUGAAGGUUGGUAUGGAGGGGAGAGUUAUCUUAUUAUUAUUAUUUAUGUUUCUUGCUUGUAUUUUUUUUGUGUUUUCAUGCACAUCUAUACACAACUAUCUACCUACCUACCCAUUUUGUAAAGAGUGUAAUUAUAAACGGCAUAGGAUAGGAUAUUGGUUGGGAGUUGGGAAUUGGGAAUUGGGAAUUGGGUCAUAAUUUUUUUUGUAAUACUUCAAACCAUAAUAACUAAAGUAGAUAAUAAUAAAACCGUUUUGAAUAGUUCCAUGCAUCCAUACUUAUUAUAACCUAGUAGGUGUUAAUGGAGACUCAAAACUAUCUGGACAUUACAUUCCAUCUCCAUGACAUUAUUCCAAAUCUCCAGCUUUUCCAAUCUUACCGGCGAGAAAUUCUCCCUUGAUCCCUUACA